AUGAAAUUGAGCUUGGCCUCAAAUGUCACUCAUACUCCUAACUACAUUGCUGUUGAGAGGAGAGCUCUUAUCGAAUUCAAACAAAGCUUAUCGGAUCUUUCAGGUAGGCUUUCUUCUUGGGUGGGUGAUGAUUAUUGUCGGUGGCUUGGCAUAACUUGUGAUUUCAUCUCUAGAAAAGUUACGAAGAUUGAUCUGCGAAAUUCAUUGGGCUUUUCCAUUCUUCAUGGUGAUGAUUUUGAUUAUCAAUGGAUGUAUUCCAAGGGAGUUCUACAAGAGUUCAGAAGGACUUGUUUGGGAGGUGAUAUAAGUCCUUCUCUACUUGAGCUCAAACAUUUAAAUUAUUUGGACUUAAGUGUCAAUAAUUUUGAAGGUGCUACAAUUCCGUAUUUUUUUGGGAUGUUCAAAAGUCUGAAGUAUCUCAAUCUCUCUUUUGCACAUUUUGGUGGAGUGAUUCCUCCCAGUGUAAGAAAUUUGUCUAAUUUGAAUUACCUUGACCUUCAUGCAUAUAAUUUAGUAAUAAAUGAAAGAUCAAACGCAUAUCGAUUGCCCGGUGAAAACUUGCAAUGGCUAUCUGGUCUAUCUUCUUUAAAGUACCUUGAUAUCGGACAAGUGAAUUUGAGUAGUGUACAAACAACCUGGAUUCAUGUAGUCAACACACUUUCCUCUCUAUCAGAACUACACUUAGGAGAUUGUGGUAUUUCAAGUUUCGAUGAUUCAAUUGGCUUUCUAAAUUUGACUUCCCUCAAAGUCCUUGAUCUAUCAUCCAAUUCAAUAAGUUCUUCGUUUUCGUGGCUCUCUAAUCUUACUAGCCUUUCAAAACUUGAUAUUGGAUACAAUACUUUUCAAGGUACAAUUCCUCGGAGUUUUGUGAAAUUGAAAAAUCUUCAAUAUCUUGAUAUGAGUGGGACCGAAUUGGGUAAAUUUGAAGAUCACAUACCAAGCUUUUUACAAAAUCUUUGCCAGUUAAGAUAUCUUAGUCUUCGUGGCAACUACUUUGGUGGUAAACUCGAUGAGUUUUUUGGUAGUUACUCAAAUUGUUCCCAAAAUAAUUUAGAAACCUUGUACUUGAGUGAUAAUAGAUUGAUGGGAGAGAUACCAAAAUCACUAGGGAAAUUUGAAAUCCUACGAUCUCUUGAUCUUUCAAAUAAUGAGUUGUGGGGCUCACUCCCAAAUUCAAUAGGUAAUUUGUUAUCACUCCAGAUAUUGGAUGUCUCAUACAACUUCUUGAAUGGAACUAUACCUCCAAGUUUUGGACAACUUUCAGAACUAAUUGAGUUUCGAAGUUUUAAAAAUUCAUGGAAACUAGUCCUGUCAGAAGCUCAAUUGAUGCAUCUGACAAAGUUAGAGAGACUUGUUAUCACCCAAGAAGAAAAUCAACAUUUGGUUUUCAAAAUAUCAUAUGGUUGGAUUCCUCCGUUCACACUUAAGUUUCUUUAUUUGGAAAAUUGCUUAAUUGGCCCUCAAUUUCCAAUCUGGCUUCAAGUUCAGACUCGACUAACGUUAGUCGCUCUCUCUAGUGUUGGUAUUUCCGAUUUUAUGCCUCAUGAGUGGAUUUCUAAAAUCUCUUCUCACAUCAUUGAUUUGGAUUUAUCCAACAACAUGCUCAAAGGAAAUCUAUCUCACCUAUUCACAUCUCAAGACGUACAAUCAAUCGCUCGAACUCACAACCUCUCCGAGGAUUUAGUUCCACCGAGAUAUCCUAAACUAAUGUUCCUAUAUCUCCACAACAAUUCAUUGUCGGGUCCUAUACCUUCAAACAUUGGUGAUCUGAUGCCCCAUUUGGUAGAAUUGGAUUUGUCAGACAAUCAACUAUCAGGAGAGCUCCUUGACAAUUGGGAUAAAUUGGGAGCAUUAUGCAUCAUUGACUUAGGCAACAAUAAUCUACAUGGUAAAAUUCCAAAGUCAAUAGGUUUAUUGACAUCUCUCAGUGCAUUAAUAUUGAGCAACAACCAUCUCCAUGGAGAAAUUCCCAAAUCUCUGCAGAAUUGUUCACUCCUCAGAAGCAUUGAUCUCAGUGGAAAUAGACUCCACGGAAGCCUCCCUUCAUGGGCAAUGCCAGAGCUGCGGUUGCUAAAUCUAAGAUCUAAUUUUUUCAGUGGAACCAUCCCUCCACAGUGGUGCAAUAAUCUUUGUUUUCUUCGUAUAUUAGAUCUCUCCAACAACAAUCUUUGUGGGAAAAUUCCAAGUUGUUUGUCGAAUUGGACAACUUUCAUUUCGGGCGACAAGGACAUUUCUGGAUUGAACAACUACAAAGUUAAUGGAGCAACAACAUCUUUCUUCCACGUGGAGAAAACAAUGUUGGUUAUGAAAGGAAGAGAGAUGAAAUAUAGUAGCACACUCAAAUACGUUCUGAUAAUAGAUCUUUCAAGCAACAAAUUGAGUGGUGAAAUUCCAAAUGAGAUAACAAAGUUUGUGUAUUUGGGUACUCUAAACUUGUCCAACAAUCAUUUUGUUGGUACCAUUCCAGAGAAUAUUGGAGCCAUGCAGCAAUUAGAGACGCUUGAUCUCUCAUGCAACCGUCUCUCUGGGAAGAUUCCUGCAAGUCUAAAUUCUCUAAAUUUCCUGUCGCAUUUGAACCUGUCGUUCAAUAAUUUGACGGGCAGCAUACCAAAGGGCAAUCAUCUUGAGACAUUGGAGGAGCCCUCCAUUUAUGAAGGCAAUCCUUUGCUGUGCGGAUCUCCUGUGAAGACCAAGUGCCCGUGGGAUGGCCACAGCCCAAAUUAUGGGGUUCCUGUAAUUUCUACAAGUGAAGAGGAUGAGGAAAUAAUGUUUGGGUUUUAUAUUAGUAUGGCAAUUGGUUUUCCUGUUGGUCUCAACGUCCUGUUUUUUGCCAUUUUCACUAGCCGAAGGAGGAGAAUAUGCUACUUUCGUCUUCUGGAUAGUGUGAGUUGCUUCGUACUUGAAAAGAUUGGUUUUUUUACCACUCCUGUGAGAAGAAUGAGAUGA